AUUAUAUUUAUCGUUUAUAUUUGGAAAUAUCUUUGAAUCAUUGAUUAAGGCACAGAUUAAUGGGUGUUUUGAAGUCAAUUCAUUGUUCUAUGAAAAGCAGCAAGGCUUUAGGAAGUUGCAUUCAAGCAGCUGCAAAAAUUUUACUGCUUUUCUUGUUCUGCAAAUCGUGGGUUUAAGAAUAAAGACACGAAUAUGUGUAAAACGUAUCUCUGCAUCAAAUGGAAACGUAUCAUCCAUUUUUCUCUAUGAGACCAAACAAAAACGAAACAAAGGUAACAACACAAAGUCUCCGAUAGGAGCGAAACACGUGUAGCUUUGAACAAAUUAUAUGGAUUUAAUGAGACCGUGACUUUGUGUUCUUACCUUUGUUUUGUAUCUCUGCAUCAGACAGGCGUUGUUCAUUAUGACAGAGUAUGUCAAUUUUUGAAUUAUAUUCGAUUAAUGCGAGCGAUACUCGAUGUUAAAAUCAUACUCUUGGAUUGAUAACCACGAUCUGGCUAUUCGAGGCACCAAAUCACGCUUUAAUAAGAUCUAUAAAAUCUCGAAUUUCCUCAACAUCGAAAGAUUCUGUUUGGGAAUCGGUGGUUUCUACCCCACCCGAAUAAAACGCACCCCAUUAAUCAAACUGUCGACGCUCUUCGUCUAUUUUAUCACGUUCGGGCAAAUGUGGGUGGUGACAAAUUUUGUGGUGUCCACCACUGACCUCUCGGAAAUUUCGGAAGUUUUCCUGUUCUCCAUGACCCAGGUCGGAUUCGUUUCGAAAUUGAUGAAUUUCCUGUGGAGGAUUAAGCAGGUGCCUUUACUGGACCAAAUGCUCGAGCAGGAAAUUUUCACCAGGGUAACCACCGAGGAAAUGACUAUAUGGAAAGGGACUUUUAAAAGAGUCCAAAGAUACUUAGUCAUAUUUCUAAGCCUUUGCGCAGGCGUUGUUGUCUUAUACGGAGUGAUUCCUGCAAUAGAAAACACAAAAUCCGACCGGAAACACUAUCCGUUUCCGGGCAGGUUCCCGUUUGAUCCCGAUCGCUAUUAUUACGUGAUUUAUAUUGGGGAAGUUGUCGCUGUGGCUGUGAGCGCUUUUAUGAACGGAAGCGGCCUGGAUUGUCUUUUUACUAAACACACGGUCAUUGCUACCGUAAUGUUUAAAAUAUUAUGCGGAAAAAUCGAAGGGUUGCUGGAUAACGUCGAUAAGGGCGAGAGAAGUGCCGUGGAAAAACGCAUUAGGCACUGCAUCGUUUAUUAUAAUGAGGCCGUGAAUUACGUAUCGCUAGUGGACCGUAUAUUUUCUUAUGGCAUUUUGGUGCAAUUUCUGUGCAGCGCGGUUGUCAUUUGCUUAACCGGGUUUCAAAUGAUGCUAGUGAUGUCCUUUCAAAGUGUCAAAUUGGGCCUGAUGGCCAUUUAUUUUACGUGUAUGAUGUGCCAAUUGAUUUUAUACUGUUGGCACGGCCAUAUGCUUAUGGAACAAAGUCGUGGCAUUACUCAGGCAUGCUACUCAGUCGAUUGGAAUAAUAUGACCAUAAAGGAGCAAAAAAUGUUAAUUCUUAUAAUGGAGAGGGCUAAGAAGCCGAUCACUAUAAAGGCUGCAGGGGUAUUUCACUUAAAUUUGGCAACACUGAUGGCCAUAUUGCGCAGUUCGUACUCAUAUUUCGCUGUAUUGAGACAACUUUACAAUAAAACUAAAUGAGGAUAACCAGCACUAAAAAACCAGGAGCAUAUAUUGAGUUUCAAUUAAAUAUUGGUUCAUACUUUCCACCCUCGUUGGUCCAGGCAGCAUUUGCCUACAUCACACGUGAUCAUAGUUAUUGAUGUGGACUUGCGAGAGGUAAAAGUUUGGACUUUUAUUUAAAUAACUUGGUUUUUAAAAGAAUAGCACUUACUUUGUAGUUUAUAGCAAAAAUCGCGUAAAAAAAAUAAAGUAGACUAA